GAAACCAUCAAUGAACAGGAUUCAAUUUUUUCAAAUUAGUCUACUGUAAAUUUUUUAGCGUGUAAGUUUGCAGUUCUUUUACAAUGCGUUAUUUUGAUGAACACAAAUUGUAAAAUAUAAAGAUUUCCUUUGAGUUUUGAUAAAUUUGCAAGUAAGUUUCCUAUCGACAUUCGACACUCGAUUUACGCCCGCCAUUAAAAAGCAAUUAUGUUACAGGAGAACCAAACAAUUUUUUCCUUGAGGGAAAUAGAAGAUUUGGCAUAAUACCAUUGAAGCGUUGUAUUGUUAAAUGUAUGUUACAUGUUAAAUGACAAGUUUUAUUGUAAAAUGUAUCAUGUAAAACAAUGAAUAUUUUGGCUUUUGCCUCAAACCGUCACGUUAACUGACGCUGUUUGAUGAUUUGGUCUGUCAUAGUGUAAGUAACUAAACACUAUUCAUAAGCAACUUCUUUAAGUAAUUAGAAGAUGAUAUAACAUUGCACUGCGUCUAGAUCUACCACACAUGUGCUUGGUGCUACCACAGCAAUAUCUUAAUCGGAAGACGGUCAACAAUAAUUUCACUUAAUAAAAGAAAUAGAAGAUGAGUAGUUCAGAAAGGGAUAAAUCAUCUUCAGGUCGUCGAACACAUAAUUGCGCUAAAUGCUUGAAUCAUGGCAUUAUAACGCCACUACUAAAUCACAAAAAAUUCUGUCAAUUUAAAGAUUGCCCUUGCAAUAAAUGCAAAAUUGUGUCGAGACGGCCAACGAGAGAACGUUCAAGAGAUCUUGCUGCCGAACACAGAGAGGAGCAAGAAAUUGUUGAGCCAAUGUUCGAUGGCUAUGACGAAGAACAUGUCCCUGAAUUCAGUGGAUUGCAAAUGAAUUUACCUAGACGAUCAGAGAAAAGAAGACGAGAAUUUCUGGUAGAGUGGGAACAGCCAGAAGCCAAAAGAGGUAGAGGUUCUGUUGGACGCCAUUUAACCAACACAAGAAGUACAAUAACGCCACAAGAUGUACAGCAGCUGAUUGAUAUCUUUCCUGACGAAGACAUAUGUGUGCUCCAGUGUAUCUAUGAAGCUUGUGAUGGUGAUAACGAUGUUUUCGUGCAGUUGAUAUUAAAGAAUUUGCGCUCGUAA